UCACCAACAGGGCCAAAUGUUUACAGCGAAGACAAAAUGUACGCAAUCGUUGUUACCAUGGCACAAUAUCAAUUCAUAUAAAUCAAAGUAGCCUAUAUGGCAACUCAGCCGGUAUAAAACAUCAGGACGUCAAAAGCCACAACGUCGUGAUCAUUUCGACUGGAACAUCAUUAUCACAUUGAUUUAGGUACGAUAGACAGACCAUAACCGCGAGAGGACUUCAAAUCAUUAUGUUUUUCAAAAGCAAACUCAUGCAGUGGGCGCAUUUAACGUUGUAUAAAGCGGAAGUUAUAAAGAUACAUUAAAUACGAUUUACAUAUUAGUAGUCCAGUUAUAGCGAGCUGCGGCGCUACAUUUGGAAACAAGCGGAAAGUAUGUGGCACACCAAAAAAAAUACAAGAACGGCAAAUUAUUAGAUAGAAUAGCGAAAUACUUUCGGCCUACCUUUUCUAUAAAACUCCCGUAAAUCUAUGCAGCAACUUGUCCACUAUUCUUGAUGUUCAGUCGUUUCCCAACUUUAUGGAACUUGGGACUCUGCUGUGACGUUCGGGAAUACUAUGGAGCGAGGAGAGAUUAUGGGAGGAUGGAGGCGACUGUUUUCGGGAGGAAUGCCGAGACGCUCAAUGGUAGAGCCAAGAACCAAUUGAAUUACUCAGACUUGAUGGAGCUUGAUGAUGAUGAAGAUUUCGCCUGUAUGAAAGGGCCUUCCAGCAAGAAAGCUCGGGUCCUUGUCAAAGAACCACAGAGAGACAAGGGUCUGCAUCAAUCAAGCAAAUCUUUCGAACUUCAUGAGGUCACAAGUGAGAGAGGAUCCAAUGUCAACCCCUCCAGCCAAAGAUGGGCAGCUGUCAAAGCUAAAGAUCAACAGAGAUCCAUACUCAAAGUGGAGAGGAUCAGCCAGGUUGAGAGUGGGCGGGAGGAUAAGGAUUACCAGUCUACCUGCAUACCACAGAGUUGUAGUCCGACUCCAGCAACAUCAAAGCCUGUGUCAACUCAGAGGAAGCUUGCUUACACUCCCACUUUACCUGUUAGAUCAUCCCCUAUCAGCCCAGUAGGUGGCAGGCUUCUAAAGUGGAAUCCACCAGCACAGAGUGGAAUAAGCCCCAACUCAACCCCGAAUUUCACCACAAAGUCUCCGGGACAAGGCUUGCGACUGGGAUUGUCCCGCUUAGCAAGGGUCAAACCUCUGCACCCCACUGCUAGUGGUAACUGACUCUUGCCCUAUUAAACAGUGAAGUCAGAAUCUCCUUUUCUUUGGUGUACUGUGUGUUUAGCCUGUUACUCUUGUGUUGCAUUGCUAAUAUUGGAGUUCUGUAAUAAUUUUUGUUUAAAUGUUGUAUCUAGUGAUUGCUAUUCAUCAAAAUGUUUAUUUUUUAAACAUUUGUUUCUUACCAUGCCUGCAAUUGUCCAGUAUUUUAAAAAAAAUUAACAAGUGUUUGAUACUUUGCAUACAGGUGUAAUUCUUUUGGUGGUACGGUAUUUACUCUGGUUCUAACUCGGAUUUCACUAAUGUCCAUCAUGGUUAUUUCCAUUCUCAGACUAUAGAAGUUUGCUUGAUCCAGCUAUCCCCCUGCUGGAACAUUAAUUUAAUGUUUCCCAUUGAAGGAAACACUGAGGAAUAAAGAAAGGGAUAUUUCAAAAUCUUCUGGAACUGUGAACAGUAGCUAGGUUUCCAUCCAAUUGGCAAGAUAUUGUCAUGUGAAUAUUCUAGAAUCCGCAUAAAGAAAAUGUACCCACCAGUGGUACAGUAUGUUUCUACCAAAUGGACUUGAUGUGGAUAAAAAAAAACGUGUGAUGACAGAUUUUGUUCCCUCAGUCUACACCCAAUAUCCCAUAAUGACAAAGCAAAAAUGGGUUUUAUAUUUUUUUUGCAAAUGUAUUGAAUAAAAAAUGGAAAUAUCACAUUUA